AUGAAUUUCAUACCGGCAGAAAUCAUUGCCUCAUCACCCCCAUUCCGAUUUCUAGUGGGCCCUAAUCAGCGGGAAUUUAUCAUGUAUACUGCUCUCUUUGCACACCAGUCCCCUGUAUUUGAGAAAUUGGUCAAUGGUAAUUUCUCUGAAUCUACGGAAAAGUGUAUUCAAUGGAAAUCUGUGGAUGAAGAUACCUUCAUUUGUUUUUGGCAGUAUGCGCAUACUGGGAGAUAUACUGCUGCUCCUCCGAUUAUUGGACUCAAGACAGAAUCCGAAGCCACUCCCGAGCCACCACCACCGAGUCCGCCAUCACCAGCCCUUGUAGGCUUAUUUAGUUCUACGGCUACUAAGAAAGACGAGACUCCUCCAAGAAAUCUUACAAAACGUGAGAUUCAGUGGAACGAAUUCCAAAAUCAGCGAGCUUCUGCCAAUUUUGGCGCGUUUCGUUCAACUGGCCUCUUUAACCCACGUGUCAGAAGCAACUACGCGCAUGAAGAUUAUACAAAUCAUUUUCUCUUGCAUGCACGAGUUUAUGUUUUUGCAGAGUGCUACGGUGUUAAAGGGCUAAUGGAUCUUUCACUUAAUGAGCUACAUGGAACCUUGGCCCAGUAUACAUGA